AUGCGCCGCAGCGGCUUGCGCGCGGCUCGCUCCGGUGGUGCUGUAACGGCGGUGCUGACGCUGGCCAUGAUCGGCUUGGUGGCAGGCUUUGCCACAGCAGCCAUCACGCUGACCGGGGGAGAGUCCGUACAAGGCAUUUCCGCCGACAGCUCUGUAAGCUCAUCUGGCGAUCACCCCUACGACCCGGCCAGCAGCAGCAGCGACCUUGAUGCGAAGGGCAAAAAGGGCAAGCUGCCUUUCCGUACCGGUUCCAUCGUGCGCCUCGUAUCGCCCGGCUUGGAGAGGGCCUGUGACGUAGCCUCAGACCCGGCCCCGUACGGCCCGUACGGACCUGGCGGUGACACGCCAUACAGCCCUGGAGGCGGCGACGACGGCGGCGGCUGGUGGGCCCGUCGAAGCUCGCUGUCGUCCGCCGGCAGCGAUGGCGCCUCUCUGGGUCGCAAGGGCGGCAGCGACGGCGGCGGCGUGGGUGGGGCGUACGACUACGGCGGCGGCGACGACGCCCCGGCUUUUGUUUGGUGUAACGCGACCAUUCCCGACGGCCCGCCGCAGCCAUAUCCCAGCGGUGGCGGCAACAGCGGCAACAGCGGCGGCAUGCUGACGUGGAUGGGGUCACUGGCGGCGGCCGUGAUCGAUGCCGCGGCGACGGCUCUGGGUGUCGAGGAUGCCGUACGGCCCGGCGGCGGCAACGACGUUGUGCGCAACUCGCAAUGGGAUUUGGACGGUUUCGUGCUGAUGGGCACCGACUUCCAGACUGCGGACAUGUACAGCGGCGGCCGAGUGUUCUUGAAGAACCAGAACAGCAGAAAGUUCUGCCGACUGGCCGGCUCUAAGGACGAUGGCGACGAUUUGGACGCCAACGCCUACGGCGGCCCCUCCCUCACCCGCCGCGGUGGUGGUGCCCCGCCGUCUUCCCCGGCUGCCCUGGUGUGUGACGAGAUGACCAGCAGCGAGCUAACCGAAUUCGUGGUGGAGCUGGUGCAGGAGGAUGAGGAGGAACAGGCGGUGGCUAGGAUGCAGGACGACCAACAGGACGAGCAAGAUGAGCAGGACGAGCAAGGUGAGCUGCCGCCGCCAACCGGGUCUCCGGAUCCCCAGGGAGGUUCCGGGCAUACACACAGCAUGGAAGGUAUGACGCGGUAUCGCAUCCUGGCAAAGUGGACCUGCAUCUCGAAGCACCUGCAGUACACCUGCCACCCGGCUACAUAUUCCCCCCUCAGCGCCGCGGGGCUCUCUCCCAGGCGCGUCGCAGCUUCGGAGCAGCGAGAUCUUCUUCUUCUUCUUUCCUUUUCUGCUUUCCUGUAA